UUGUUUGUUAAAUCAAACUCUAGAGAGAGAAAUUGUAGAGAGAGAAAGCUUCUUGGACUGAAAGAAAAAAAAAGUUAUCAUAGCAUAAAAAAGAAAGGGGGAAAAAAGAAUUCUGUAUUUUCCUUCACGCAAUCACAAUCAGAUUUCUCUUUUGCCAUCCUUUCUGCUUCCUUCCUUCCAAUCGUGUUCUUGUUUCUGUGACCCACUUAAUCUGAAAAUUUCUUGGUUAGAAGAAUCAAUUUGAAUUGGGUGAAGAGGGUUUUGCUUGUUUCUUGGUUUUUCUCACGGGUGCUAUUGGUUUUUCUUGGAGCUUCUGUGAGAGAAGUGGACACAUUUGAUAUAUUUCUAUUGCAUAAACUUGAUUGAAUUGAAUCUUGGUGUAAAUACUUAAACCUUUUUGGGGGAUGGAUGACUUGUUCUUGCAUAUCCGUAAGCUUAUAUGAACGAUGUUCAGUGGACAAAAAGGCGCCACAGCUCUCCACCAUUUGAAACAGAAAUUGCUUGGCGAAUCAUCUUUUUCAACAGGAUCGAUUAAUAAUGUUCCCCCUGAAAUCGAGUUAUCCGAUUACCAACGAGCACCUAGUAAUGGUAGUGAAAGUCCUUCUGGGCUUCUUAAUGGUGAAAGCUUGAAGGUCGAACCAAUUGCUGAUUUAGAUCUCUUCUUUGAGCGGCUUUAUAGCUACUAUUGCGAGAAAGGUCUAUGGUGCAUCAUCAUUAAGUGGAUUGUUGAACUUUUGAGCCUGGCCUUUACCAUAUGUUUUUCGGGAUUUUUCUUAUUAUUUGUCGAUUGGAAUGGUCUUCGAAGUGCAAAAUGUGGGAUGGAUGCAGUCGAAUCCGGGAUUAAACCAUGUGAUCUUGCUAAGGAGGCUCUUCAUCAGCAUCCUUUGACACCUCUAACGCCUUUUAAAGUUGUUAUCCUCGGUUAUUUGGGAAUCACCUUCAUUUACUGGAUCUUUUGCUUUCUAAGGUUCUUUGUACAGCUGAAAGAUACACUAGAAAUCCGCCAAUUCUACAUUAACAGUCUUGGUGUGACUGACAAUGAGAUACAAACUAUGCCAUGGGCAUCCGUUCUUGAGAAGGUUGUUAGAAUUCAAGAUUCACAACAAUUAUGUGUGGUCAAGGAUCUUUCCGCUCAUGAUAUCGUGAUGCGGUUGAUGAGGAAGGAAAACUACUUGAUUGGAAUGCUUAACAAAGGGGUGCUCGCCUUCCCAAUCUCUCCGUGGAUCCCGGGUGCUGGUCCCACCGUUAAGAAAGAUCCAAAUGGUACACGGUAUUGCCUAAUGUUAACGAAGACCCUUGAGUGGACUUUAAAUUGGUGCAUAUUGCAUAGCAUGUUUGAUAGAAACUUCUGUAUUAGAAAGGACUUUGUUCGUGAUCAUGAUACGUUAAAGAAAAGGCUAAUGGUAGUCGGGAUUGCGAUGCUUCUCCUUUCGCCAUUUCUCGUUGUUUUUAUGCUCGUGUAUCUCUUUCUAAGACACGCAGAACAGUUCUAUAAUCAUCCCAGUACAGCUUCUUCUCGACGAUGGUCAAAUCUUUCAAAAUGGAUAUUUAGGGAAUACAAUGAGGUGGAUCAUUUGUUCAAGCACCGGAUAAACAGCAGCGUUACACAUGCUUCGGAUUACCUAAAGCAAUUCCCGUCUCCUAUUCUAUCGAUCAUUGCAAAGUUCGUAUCUUUUGUUUCGGGUGGCUUUGCUGCCAUCUUGAUCAUCAUUGCGUUUCUCGAGGAGUCUCUACUUGAAGGCCAUAUUUUUGGUCGUAAUUUGUUUUGGUACGCAGCUGUGUUUGGGGCUAUAACCGCCAUUAGUCGAGCUGCUGUCUCGGAUGAGCUUCUAGUACUCGAUCCACAUGGGACCAUGGCACUUGUUUUGCAACAUAGCCAUUAUAUGCCUAAAAGAUGGCGUGGGAAAGAAAACACCGAGUUUGUUCGAGUGGAAUUUGAAACUCUUUUUCAGUACACCGGAAAGAUGUUGUUAGAGGAGAUGGCAUCAAUCUUUCUAACUCCGUUCUUGCUUAUCUUUGUAGUUCCGAAGCGAGUUGAUGAUAUCUUGCAGUUCAUUGCGGACUUCACGGUUGAUGUUGAAGGUGUUGGUCAUGUUUGCAGUUUUAGUUUAUUCGACUUCCAAAUGCAUGGUAACAUCAAGUAUGCAUCGCCACAUAACUCGCCACGGAUAUAUAGAAGUUCUCAAGGGAAAAUGGAGAAAUCGUUCUUAAGCUUUCAAAGUAGUUAUCCGUCGUGGGAACCAAAUGCGGACGGAAAGCGGUUUCUUUCGACUCUAAAGACGUUCAAGGAGCAAAAGCUUCAAGAGCAGGGUAUAAGACCAGGUUACAUAAGCCCGAACCGUAUGCAACAAUGGGCUCCUAGUUUACGUGGACAAGGUGACCCAAACAGCUACUUUUCUAGAGAAAAUACGAGCCAGAACGUCUCGAAAAGUGCGUAUCAACUUGAUUGUAUCUGGCUCAUCGAUCCCGUUCACAAGAACCACCCGUACAUUCUCGACUGGUACUACACAUCUUGCCACCAUCAUCAUGACAUUGAAUCAGGGACGGUCGAAGUGGACGAGAAUAUGGCGAACGUGUGGGACCCACCCGACUUAAGACCGAACCAGAACCAGUAUGACGAGAAUUGGGGAAGUUUUUUCGAGGAUCGAGCUGGGAGUAAUCUGGAAGCUUCUACAUCUGCCCCUUUGCUACACAGAAGUGUCCUACAGCAUCAUGAUUCAGGCAGCAUGGGCCAAACGGGUCGUAGCCAUUGGUGGGCCCGGGGCGGAGACGGUGGCGGUUCACGAGCAGUUGGACCUCAGACGAGCUUUCUUGAGCCGCCAAACUUCAACCAUGACGAUUAUGACGGCCACCAUGAUAAUUUCUCAAACCGAAGCUUCGAGGGAGAAGAAGAAGAAGAUCAACAGUUUGAUUGGAGGGCAUCAAACAGGUUAUCGAAAACGUUUUUCAUGGAUGAUGUUGAAGGAGGAGGGAAAUUCGAUCUCCCUUUUGAUGAUAUCUAUGAUCGACAUUCUGAGAGCCCGCCAAGAACCCAUAUGUAGGACGGAAAACGGUCGAAUCUUGGAUUCCGCCAUUUUCGUAAUGUUGGUGUUUCUGGUAUGAAUUUGUGAAUCUGUUGGGAGGGAAGAAAACUCUUUGGACAUUCUUUGAUUGUAUAUAAGUUGGAUUAGAAACAAUUGAAAAGUUUGGGUGAAAGGUGAUUAAAGGGUACAGAAUCACCUUAAAACUAGAUGAUGUAAACAAGAAAUCACUUAACCAUCUCAUGAUUUGUUUAGGAUAUAUCUGUAUUAUACCU